AUGUACAUACAUACACACAGAUGUACAUGCACACACACAUGUACAUGCACACAGACACAUGUACACACACCCAUACAUGUACAGACACACAGAUACAUGUACAUACACACAUGUACACACAUACAAAUACACAUGUACACAGCCCUAUAGAAAGUUGCAGUACUUUGUUACCUUCACUCACAGAGCUGGGUACUGCACUCUAGGGGGAGGCAGAGAGCACAGCACACUCCUUCGUUUGCUUUCACUUUGCUCAACAUUUGAGCAGUCUGACGGCUCCCAGUGGGAGUGACAGAGCUGGCCCUGAGUCCCGAGCCUGCUCAGCAAGACGGCCCUGGGGACACACUCGCCCCCACCUUAUUUCCACUCGCCAAUGCGAGCAGGCGAGUGGAAAUUUCAAUGCCUGAUCUAAGGUAUUG